AUGGCAAUCACGCAGUUAAUCGAGCCGCAGCCGCUGCAGACUAGUAGGGUUGCGCUAAACGACGUUAAGAAGAGCCUCCUAGUGGCGCUCGGGAAGCUCAACGAUCGCGACACGCAGCAGAACGCCGUGGGGGAUCUGCAGAAUAUCGUGGAGUGCCUGCCGCCGGAAGGCAUUCCCGUCUUCCUCUCCUGCCUCUACGAGACUGACAGCACCCAUCGCACCUUCGUCCGGAAAGAAUGUCUCAGGCAAUUCGCCAUCCUUGCGAUGACCUUCGGCCCGCUCCUGUCGCCGCAUCUUCCCAAGAUCGUCGCAGCCGUCGUCCGUCGCCUGCGCGACCCCGAGUCCACCUUAAUUGAAUCCUGCGCAGAAGCCAUGGCGACACUAGUUCAGCACGUUCCCCCACCUCCCCACGAUACCGUCCCCGGAGCUAUUCCCGUCGGCGGCUUCGGAGCCAUGGGCGUUUACGUUCGGCCGCUCCUCGACACGCUCGGCGAGCAGAGCCGAAACUCGCAGGCAGGUGCGGCGAUCUGUCUCGACCGCGUCUUCCGGGCUGCCCGGGAGAAAAUGGAGCCGAGCGCGGCGCGCGUGCUGAUGCGAGCGAACGGCAUGCUCUCGCGGCAAGGGUUUCAGGCGAAGGCGCAGCUGCUGGGCGCCGUUGCAAGCCUUGCCGAGGUGUGCGGGGAAUCCAUGGGCGCGCAAGUGCCCGUGCUGGUCUCCGCCGCGACCGCCGCCGUGGCGUCCGCGGACUGGGCCACGCGCAAGGCUGCGGUAGACCUGCUGGGGCAGCUCGCCAUCAACCUGCCGGCGGAGUUUCUGGGGGAGAGCCGCGCGGCCGUCAUGAAGGCGCUGGACCAGUGCAAAGGCGAUAAGGUGAAGAAUGUGCGCGAUUCCCUGGCGCAGGCGAAGCAGGCGUGGGCGUGUGUGGAAUGGGAGGACCCGCCCGCAGCGGGCCAGCACCAAGUGCUGUCCGUGCCGUCCCUCUCGUCAGAAUCGGCAGCGGCUGCCGUGCAGACCCCGUCGCUGCCCUCUGCUGCUGCUGUUGGCAGCGCAUCAGGAGGGCGCUCCAGUUUCUCACCUGGUGCAGCAGAAAACGACAAAAGCAUUGGCAACCGCUCAUUCAAGCUUCAAGGCCGCUCGUCCUCGCUUGUAACAGACCCGUUUCAAGACGCUCGAGACGCAGCAGAGGCAGAAGAAGCAGCAGCUGCAGCAUCAGCAGCAGCAGCAGCAUCAGUAUCAGCAGCUACAGCAGCAGCAGCAGCAGCAGCAGCUGCUGCCAGUGUGACCCCUGCUGUGAAGCGGGGAGGAGUGAGCGGCAUGCUGGCACGCACCUUCAGUGGGCUGGGCCGAGCUCGAGCUGAGGAAGCAACAGCAAGUGCUGCUGCUGUAGGAGUGGCAGGAGCAGGAGGAGGAGCAGGAGGGGAGGGAGAAGAGGGCGGAAGGAAAAUCGGACUGAGCAAAGGGGGGAUUGGGUCCCACGCAUGGGCUCCGGAAUUAUCUCAGUCGAAACCCAGAGAAGCUUCCAAAGGAGAAGCUACUAACGCGGAUAAUGGAGCUGGAGAGAAGGCUGCUCGGCCUAAGUUUGAGCGGCAGCCGCUUCGAGGAAACCCUCUGUUUUUCAAGAAGGCGGGCGCAGGGGGGAAGGCUGGGGGAGGUGACGACUGGUCCGUGGAAGUGAUGGUUCCUAAAUCGAAGGCCGGGGCAGUGGGGGAGAAGGGUGACAGUAAAGGGGGGUCGGCGCGGAGGAAUUCGACUUCGGGGAUUGCUGCUAUCAAGGCUGCGGCCGCUGCUGGUGGGAGAGGCAAGGAGGGCACAGGGGGAGGGAAAGGAGCAGGAGCAGGUAGCGAUUGGAAUGUGGAGAUUCUAGUGCCUAAGACACGUGGCGGAUGGGGCAAGGGCGGUGGCGAGUCAGAGGAGAAGCGGGAGGUGAAUGGAGAAGGAGUGAAGGAGAUGAACGGAAGGGGCGGUUCGGACAAGGCCGACUUGCAGCAGGAGGAGGUGGCGCCGAGUGCGAUCCAACAGCAGCAGCAGCAGCAGCAGCAGCAGCAGCAGCAGCAGCAGCAGCAGCAGCAGCAGCAGCAGCAGCAGCAAUACCAGCAGCAGCAGCAGCAGCACCACCAGCAGCAGCAACAUCAGCAGUAUCAGCAGCACCAGCAGCAGCAGCAGCAGCAGCAGCAACAUCAGCAGUAUCAGCAGCAGCAGCAGCAGCAGCAGCAGCAGCAGCAGCAGCAGCAGCAGCAGCAGCAGCAGCAGCGGCGGCGGCGGCGGCGGCGGCGGCUGCAGCGGCAGCAGCAGCGGCAGCGGCAGCAGCAGCAGCAGCAGCAGCAGCGGCAGCGGCAGCAGCAGCAGCAGCAGUAUCGUAAUCAGCAGGUGCAGGAGCGAGUGGAGGAGAGGAACGAGGACGAGAAGCAGGAAUUUCUGCACCACAUGCUUCGAGAGGUAGAGGGAGAGAAGGACACAGGAGGGAAUACUGAACCCAGUGGUGCUUAUAACAGGGGGCAGGAGGAGGGAGUGGGGGGUGUUAUCAAUGCUGCGGGAGGGCCUGCAGCGAGGUAUGCUACUGGGUUGGAGAGUGAGGAGGAAAGGGAGGAGGAGGAAGAGCGGGAGGUGAAGAGAGAGUGUGAGGAGGAAAAGGCACCAAAAGUGGAGAAGCGCGGCGAGGAGUCUCAAGGCGCAGAGAAUGACGCUUAUGGUUCUAGCGAGUCUGACAAUGACGAGGAUGGGAAUCAGCGGGAAGGUAGGGCAGGCGAAUGGGAGGAGAGGAAGGGGCGGAAGGCAACAGGGGGUGGUGAUGCCUUGGGAAGGCAGAAGUGGAGCAAGGGCAGGAACAGAUGGAAGGACGGUCAGGGGCAGGGGCAGGGGGUGGGGAAGACAGAGGAGGAGAAGAAUAGGAAGGGGGAGGAGGAGGCGGGUAGAAGGGGCAGGGGCGUGGGGAAUACGGGGAGGGGAGAAGGGGGAGGGGCGCUGCGCCAAUCGUAUGACUGGGGGAGCGCGGGGAAGGCUGGGAGGGGAGGCAAGGGUGGGGGAAGAAAGGAGGGAGUGAGAGAGGCGGAAGAGAGGGGGAAGAGAGUGGAUGGGGUUGGGAGAAGGGAGAGGGGAACGUGGGGAGAAGGAGGCGGUGGUAUGAGGAGGAGUAAUUCUUGGAGCAGUAGUCUCUCUGUUGAUACCACCGGUGGUGGGAAAGCCAGGGUCGUGCAGGGUAAAGGAGGGUGGUGGGAUGGGGAGGAAGAGGAGGGUGAGAGGGUGGAGAGAGGGCGAAUGAGGAGAAAGGAGGGUAGGGAGGAUGGGAGGGGAAGGAGGAGGUAUGGGUCACUGAGCAGUCAUUUGUCUUCAAGCGAGGAAGAGGAGGAGGAUUAUGGGGAGUCUUUUCCUCGUGCUCGUAUGAGGCGUGGGUGGGCUAAUAACGAGGAUGCUAUGGAUUCGAGUCCGAAAGGAGGCCGCAGAGACGGAAGGUCCGGUGUUGGGAAGGGUGUGAAGCAGCAGCAGAGGCAGGGCGACACGUGGCAGAAGCAGGAGGUGACACGUCAGGAGGAGAAGCUCGGGCGGAAGAGGCCGCAGCAGAGUCAGUACCAGGGGCAGCAGCACCAGUCGAGGCAGAGCGGGUUAAAGAAGGCGGAUGGAGAGCAAAUGCAGAUUAGACGCUCCUAUGACUUGACUGUGGCGGAGGCAGUGGAGGCAGAGGUGCAGAGACUGAGGCAACGAGUGGCUGAUAUGGAGCGGCAGCAGGACAGCUACCAGGGCAUGGUGGAGGGUUUCAUGAGCGCUACCAGGCGAACCAUGGAUAGUCUCGAGCUGCGAAUGCUUGUUGCUGCUUCUCCAGUGGUAGCCUCUCUCCCUUGGACCUCCAAUGCUGCUGCCUCCCCCUCACCCCACGCUGUCCCCACCUCUCCUCACCCCAUCUCCACCUCCGCCCUCCCUACCAUGCCCUCCCCUUACCUCCCUGCUCGCAUUCGCACCACUGCUGGUGGUGACAGCAGCAGGGGGCUCACCCCUGGACGAAGGCUGUCGUUGCAGGGAGGAGGAGGGAUGGGUGGGAUAGGGAGCAGCGCAGGGGGGAUAGGCAGUGGGUCUGGUGCUGGUGGCUUCGUGCAGGCACAGCCAUUCAUGGGUGGGUUUGGUGGUAUUGGAGCAGGGAAUGAAGCAGCUUAUACGGAGGAUGAUAAUGCUGCAGCUGCUGCAGCUGUGGCCGAAGCAGCGGCGGCGGCAGCAGCAGCUGAGGCGGCACGUGUGGCUUCAUUCCAAAGUCAGCAGCAGCAACAGCAGCAGCAGCAGCAGCUGGUAACUCUAAGGAGAACCUCUUCCUUGAGCUGCGGACAGAACGCCACUCCUCCCACUGGCCCUCCCCGCACGCCUCCCCACUCCUCUACCCAGAGGGAGGAGGAGGGGGGGGAGGAGGAGGAGGGGGGGGGAGGAGGAGGAGGGGGGGGAGGAGGAGGAGGGAGAGGAGGCGGGGGAGGUGAAAGUGCAGAAGCAGCAGCAGAUAAGCCUCUAGGUCCGCUGAAGCGCCACGUGGCACCAGCCAAUUGGUCGUGGGCCGUGGCUUUAGAUGAGCUCAAGGCCGGGGGGUUCGAGGGUGCUUAUAAAGAGGUGCUGAAGGCUGCAGAUGCGGGUGCUAUGGUGCGGCUGAUGGGCCGAACCGGGCCUGUGCUGGGGCAUCUGUCGCCUGAUACCGGGGCGGAGGUUAUACGGCGCAUGGUGGAGCUGCUUAUAAGGGGGACGUCGGUGGAAUACCUGCUGCCGUGGGUUCGGCAGCUGCUGGACAUAAUGACGGACGAGUCAUCUCUCCCGUACGGAGCAGAGGGUCCGGCAGUGGACGGGCAUCUGAAACAGCACGUGCUGGCAGCGCUGCAGCAGGUGGUGGGCGCCGAUGGGGGCAGCUGGGUGGGGCGAUCAGCAGGCGACUACCGGCGACAGCUGGCUGAUGCAUGGGGCAUGUGA